GAACGGCACAGCCAGUUCCUCGCAAAAUCACACCUACAGCUAUCGUUCAACAGGGUCUGACACUAAGUUACCUUAUUGUAUUCGAUCAUUUAAUUUAAUAGUUUUAUUCGAUAUCAUUUGGUAGUGUGUUGCGUGAAUUUAAGUGCUCUAAGCACCGCUCCCACCGGUUAUAUAAUAAUGGUUCAACAUUUUUUUACCCAAAGAUGGAAUCUUUGCCGAAACAGUUCGUUUCAGCAAUGCGAACAUUAUUUGAUAUAAUGGAUGACAAACAAACUGGGUAUGUUAUGUUAACAGAUAUAGAAAACCGGUGGCGAGAUGACCGUACAAAGGGAUUGCCCCAUGGUGUUAUUGAAAGCCUUCAAAAAGUUGCUUCCCAUGAUGGGUUUCUAACGUUUGAGAGCUUUUGUACUGGACUUAAAAUAUGCCUUUUACGGAAUCAGGUUCAAUCUUCGUCUAAGCAAAUAAGUAAUGAAGAAUCUGAUCCUUCAUUUCACCCUCAAGUAAGUGUUCAAGAUAAAAGGCCACCUUCAGUUCCCAUAAUGGACAUUAAUAAUCCACAACGAGAAAGAAACUGGACGUCAAUAAAAACAACAGGAUCACACCGCACUCAUAGCAUGCCACAUCUAGCUGAAAACAAAAAUUUGCACGAAAAAUCACCCCUCGAGACAGCCAUCUCCAAAUACGAUUUAUUACAAAGUGGCCACGGUCCCCCAAAACCACCUAGGUUAGACAAACCGGCUAUCGAAACUGUAGAAAAUACUAGAAUUUUAUCGGAACCAGAAAACAUAAGAGAUAAUAAAUUAGAUAUACCAGAGAUAUCCAGAAUGUUAGAGGGUCAAGGAAGAGGAUUAGGGGAUGGACGCUCAGCAUCUGGAUCUCAGUCAUUCUUGAGCCGCACUACGUCGCGGAGAAGAGAACCUCGUCGGCACACUCUACAUAAUGGAAUAGACUACAACCUUAUCAAAAAAAUGAAACAAAUAGAACAAGAGAAGGAUAUUUUACUUCAGGGACUUUCGGCUGUAGAAGAAGCUCGCGAAUGGUACCUUAAGCAAUUGGCGGAAGUACAAGAUAAAAUCCGUUAUACUGGACGAAUGGGCGCUUAUGUGGAACCCUGGAAUGAAGCACAGCAAGAGCGACUAGAACUUUUGCGAGCUCGAAUACUUGAACUAAAUCGACAAUUAGGGGCGCUAGCUUCAGCAUCCGGGUGGCGUCACUGGCCCUUGUCACUUCACAUGAACCUUGCGUUACCAGCGUCAAUAUUCAAUCCUCCUAAUAGCACACCAAAUAAUGCUACAGUGCUUAGGUCACAGAAUCGGAUGCUAGCCGAGGAAGUUAACAGAAAGAAUGAAAGGAUAUCAAUAUUGGAACGAGAGAAAUCAGCACUCAUAAGAGAGUUACUACUUCAAAGGAAUAGAACUAAAAUUAUUGAUAAUUUUGGCUAAUAAUGUUAUGCAUAAGUAACCCUCCUCAAUCUUUAAGCCUGAUCAUGUCAUUAGAUCAGUGGUGCCAGCAUACAUGGGUGUUUGAAAUGUUAAGUUAAAAACUAGCUAAGACCCAUUGGAAUCACUACAAAAAUAAUUGGUCCAUUUGUUUAGAAAAUAAAUAAAUACAACAGAUACCCAGAAAAAAUCUACAACGUCAGAGACACAAAUAGGUCACUCUCUUUUAAGGUCAGGGUUAAAAAAUCAAUCUGUUUUUACUUCUUAGUUGUCUGUGUUAUGAAGAAAAGUACAUCAAGUUAAGUAAUCAGUUUGAGCCCAAAAAUCCUAUGUAUGUAUUUAUAAUUUUUGCUGAAAUUGUCUAAAUUUUUUGUAUUAAUUAGUUUAACCUUGAUAGGAAAAGAGAUUGUAAAUAUGCAUGUGGGCAAUAUAAUAAUUUUAUCUAACAUAAAUAUAUUUAAAAUAACCUUCAGGUAUAUUUAUUGAUAUUUAGAAAUUAUAGCCAAUAUUCAUUCAGAUUGCCAUAAUAUAAAAUAAAUAUAUUAUUGUUAUUAUUAUUAUUAUUAACACAGUAAGCUGCAGAUGGUACAAAUUGACUGUUGUGAAUGUUUCUGACAAAAUCAAAUAAAUUUUUGAUAUGCAGGAGUUGAACCUAGCACUGAGUCUCAACUCUGAAUCUUACCCUAGGCUUUGUGCUAGGUGCACUAAUUGACGCAACUAGUUUUUCUUAUUAAUAAUAAAUAAGGUUAUAAAAGUC